GUUCUCUGGGCCCAGCGCUCUUCCGUUGCCGAUGCCACGAAGAACUUUGUCUACCUCACGAUUUCCGUUCCCGAUGUCGCCAAGGAUGACCUGAAGCUCGACGUUCAGCCCACCAAGGUGACCUUUACUGGAAAAUCAGCCACCCUCAAGAACACCUACCACGUUGAGCUGGAGCUGUUUGCCGAGAUCGACCCCGCCGAGAGCAAGAUUAACCACACUGCCAAGAACGUUGAGAUGAAGCUGCAGAAGAAGGAGCUCAAGGAGGAGUACUGGCCGCGGUUGCUCAAGGAAAACAAGAAGCUGCACUUCCUCAAGACCGACUUCGACAAGUGGGUCGACGAGGAUGAGCAGAACGAGGCUGCUGAUGACGACAUGUCCAAGUUUGGUGAUAUGGGUAAGGAUCAAUCACACGAAACUAACAAUCUGCUCUCUCUUCUAGGCGGCGACUUCGGCGGCAUCGAUUUCUCAAAGCUGGGAGGCGGCGCUGGCGGCAUGCCCGACAUGAGCGCCAUGGGCCUGGAGGGUAUGCCAGACCUCAGCAGCUCUGGCGUCCCAGACUCUGACUCCGACGACGAUGACGAGGACAUCCCCGACCUUGAGGGCGAGGAGAAGAAGGAGGGCGAGGCCGCACCAAAGGCGUAA